AUGACGACGACUAUCGCCCAGGACUCGUUCAAAGAGUACUUUGACCAUCCUUCGCAGAGCAUUAUCGGGGCGCUCGUAUCAACUUAUAUCGCAGGCGAAGCUAUUGGCGCAUGCUUCGCUGCGUGGUCGGGUGAUGCACUGGGACGAAGACAUACGAUCACGAUUGCGGCUGCGACCGCAACUGUAGGAACCGUCAUUCAACGGCUUCGGCGGGAGAAUUAUUACUGGAAUGUGGGUCGUGUCCGAGGUAUCAUGAUCAAGCGAAUUGAUGCUGGCACUGACCCCUCUUGGCUUCGUAUUUUCAGGGCAGUGGAUGCUUCCACUAGCAAUGCAAUACCUCCCGGGUUGAUCGUACUCGCUGGGAUAUGGUUCCUCCCCUAUAGCCCGAGAUGGUUGAUCACUCAAGGGCGUGAAAGCGAGGCCUAUUCAGCACUCAAACGUUUGAUGGGUUCGGAUGACGAGAAUUUUGAAGGCAUGUCAGUCGAAUUUAAUCGUAUGAAAGAACAAAUCAAGCUUGAAAAAGCGCGAGAAGUCAAAUCAAUAUCCCAGCUCUGGAGAUACUAUCGUCGGCGUGUUCUAGUAUCGGUUGCAGUGCAGACGUGCACUAGUUUAUCGGGCGUCAAUGUGAUCGGUUAUUAUCAAACUAUUUAUAUGCAAGCAUCGGCAUCACGGGAAAGACUGUUUUGUUACUAUCGGGAGCAUACGGAACAUUUGGGCGUCGAUUCUUGGGGACGUACACGGUCACUGUUUUGGGGAGCAAUAGCACUUGUGAUUGACCUUACGCUGGUGAUGGUGGGGACUCAAUGGUCAAAUAAUUCUGUUGGGCAAGGAUUUAUCAUCGCUUUUAUAUUCUGUUAUACGUUCAUCUACUAUCUGGGAUUCAAUUCCGUAACUUGGACAUAUGGGGCCGAAGUGCUUCCAGUACACAUUCGGUCCAAAGGUAAUGCCUUGGCCGCCUUUUCUCAUUUCGUUUUCAACAUUGCCGUAAACCAAGCGGCACCGACUGCUUUUGCAACUAUUGGAUAUCGAUUCUAUGCGCUAUUCAUUGCAUUGAACCUGUGUACAGCAGUCAUGGUGUGGGCGUACUUCCCCGAGACAAAAGGGCUCAGCCUAGAAGAGAUUGCAGACUAUUCGGGGACGAAGUAG